UUGGAAUGACAUCAUCACAUGCACGAGCACAAUGAUGCUGCUGCUGCUGCUGAUGAUGGCACGGGUGAGUCUGAGACAGGAAUGAGUCCGUUUGAACAGAAGGAUGAUGUGCGUCUGUCCCGGCAGCUCGCGCAAGCGUGUCUUUUGUGAUGCAAACGAGAGGAGCCUCUUUUAUGAAUUAUGUAUGCGCGCAAAGAGUGAUUAAUACGUCCCGCAUUCAACUGUCGCACAUGUCCUAAGCCUGCAGGCGUCUGAUUUAUACAUUUAAUUAGUUUCGAGACAAAUUACGCAUGCACCUUGCAGCCCGUUCGCCGCACAAACUGAUUUCAAGACAUUUGUGUUAAACCGCGCUGCUUUGCAAACGCGAGUAUGGGCCUAUUAAAAAUUGGACAUUGCACGACUUCUUUGUUGCCAUUUCCCCCCUUUUUAAUUUGAAAUUCUGAUGCUCUAAGAUUGAAGGAGCCCUAAAGGAUGCUGACAAAGGCAGGGCACGUGCGUAUUGACGGGACGCAUCAAAGCGUGAAAAGAGGAGGAACCAGCGUGUGCCUAAAGCAUCCUAAUAUAAUAAACCUCAGGUACAUCUGCCCGAGCAAUCUGCAGACCCUCCCAUCUGCAAAUCCAUAGGGAUUCCAGCUCCAUCUGAUUGGACGAGGCAGCGAGGGGCGAGAACAAUGUCAUCAUUCCUGCUUAAAAAGACUGCUGCUAUGCCUCCGUGAUGGAAAGAUCACCGCACGCGUCCAAAUAUAGUACCAGGUGUGCCUCUGAUUUCAACCCGUCUGAAGUGCCUUUCAGCUGACGAAGAUGCCCAGAGGAUUUUUAGUCAAGAGAAAUAAGAAAGCGACACCUGUUUCCUACCGCGUCCGCUCGGAUGAGGAUGAGCAAGGCGCGUUUCCAGCCGCGCAGCAGGACGCGCUGUGCGCGCGCCGCCCGGUAUCACCAGUGCAGUUCGGGAACCCCGAGACAGUCUACCGAUCCAUGUACAGCCCGACCCGACCCGUGAGCAGAGAGCACGAGAGGGCAUGUUUGGAAAGGCGCUUCAAUCUCGGCUCGCCUAUUUCAGCGGAGUCCUUCCCGGCGGCGCCCAACAGCUCCGAUCUCGCACCGUUCGCGCCCGUGGAUCUUAAAAUCGGCACCAGCAACAGCAACCGAACCGGCACCACAACAACCACGAAAAGACCCGCACCAGACACAGAGCGCAAAGGCAAAGCCGCGUCCAAGAAAGCCAAAGCUAUGCGGAAACUGCAGUUUGAGGACGAGAUGACCACUUCUCCAGUGCUGGGCUUGAAGAUCAAAGAAGGUCCACUCGAGCAGAAGCCCAGAUCCCAGUGCGCAGGAGGAGACAAGCCGCUCGGAGAGUUCGUGUGUCAGCUGUGUAGAGAGGCGUACGCUGAUCCCUUCUCUCUGGCCCAACACAAGUGCUCCAGGAUCGUCCGGAUCGAGUACAGAUGCCCCGAAUGCGACAAGCUCUUCAGCUGCCCGGCGAACCUGGCCUCGCACCGGCGGUGGCACAAACCCAAACCGGGGAACCCGGAAAGCAAUAAGACGCCCGCGCCUGAAAAAGAGCACGAGACCUCCAGCGACAGGGACACUCCUAGUCCUGGACUUUCCGAGUCUGGAUCGGAAGACGGUCUGUAUGAUUGCCCGCACUGUGGGAAGAAGUUCAAACGGCAAGCGUACCUGAAAAAGCACGUGACGGCGCUUCACGAAGCGUGCGAUAAACCCCAAAGCCAAGCGCCUCUGAAUCUCAGCGCGUCCGAGUGCCACCUGUGCCCGGUGUGCGGGGAAAACUUCCCGAGCAGACUGAGCCAGGAGAGGCACAUCCGUCUGCAGCACUCGGCGCAGGUGUACCCGUGCAAAUACUGUCCCGCCAUGUUUUACAGCUCACCGGGACUUACGAGACACAUCAACAAAUGCCACCCGUCGGAGAACAGGCAGGUCAUCCUGCUUCAGAUGCCGGUGCGUCCAGCCUGCUGAAGCUGUGCCUUAAACCAGUGCUUCCCAGUCCCACAACAGCGCACAUUUAGGAUCUGACACAACUGUUUGAUUAUAGGAGGAAGAAGACGUCCAAAAC